AUGGAAACGCUCAAAAGUUUACUGUUGCAACAUCCCCCGACAUCGACGACAACGAGCAUUCCACCGCCAGUGCCGCCACCCCCGUCUGCCGUCGAAUCUCUGCUAAUAUUCGAUGACCUCUUCAAAACAACUAAUGGAGGCAGCAGCAGUAACGCGGUCAACGAUUUCAUCCCACCGCUGGUGCCAACGACCAGCAGCAGUAGUAAUAGCUCGACGACGGCAGCGGCCACGACCCCGGUCAUUGUGGGGGUGGCAGUGAAGCGAACCCUCCGAAAGCAGCAACCUACUCCCUUCGAUGGGAAGGAGUUGGAGUCGGACCCGUCGACGACAACAACAACAGCUGUUUUGCAGGAGCAGAAACAGCAACCGCAACAAAAGCAGGACUCAGUUCCCAUGAGGGAACUGAGCCAAGCGGAGAUUCUGGAACGGUGGCAUCGGGAUCUGUUUCAAAGUCCUCCGAAGGCAGCACGAUUGGUGUUUGGAGAUCGGAGGGAGAACAAUGGUGAUGGUGGUGAUAAUGAUAAUGCCGCUGCUGCGACUGCCGAUGUUGAGGUAGACAAUGGUGGUCCCCUAAUCGAUUUGAUUGAUUUUAAAACGGAGAUUGCCGAGCCCGGUGGGGUUUUCGGGAACAAUGAGAAGGAGCAGCAGCCGAAGGCGAAAGUAAAACGGGUUACGUUUCUGUUGGAUGAUGAUUUCGACGAACGGGAUGAGGAGGAGGAAGAGGAUGGAGGUCGAGGGGAUAGUGAGUCGGGAGACGAUGAAUUCGGCAGCGAUGCUGUAACAAAAGAAGGUGAAUGGGAUGUAACUGAUACCAUCACUGGAUUUGAAACGAGUGGGUGGGGGAAAACUAGCGAAGGCGUUGCUGGUAAUGAAAUAUCAACAGAGACUAAGCAAACAGAUGACUUUGUUUCGAUUUUUGGAAACGGAGGGGAGACGAGGGGAGCGAGGACAGGUGCCACCGGAUCCCUUUCUGCUGCUGCUGCUGGUCACGUUGACUGUGUACCAACAACAACAGAGACGGAGGCAAAGGAGAUGCUCCAGUGCGCAUGUCCGAUGUUACAUUACGAUGGUCACGAACAACAUUGCCAUCAUCAUAAUCAUCAGCAAAACUGCCAGCAUCCAGCAGUGUUAGAUUCGACAAGUCGAGCCUCAAAGGGGGGCGCAGCAUCCCUGGAGCUUCCUCGAGUCUUAGCCACCUUAUCAGACAACGGGGACACUAACACAGCUGCGGAAGUGGUGCUGAAUUCCGAUACACCGAUGACACCGAGGUGGGAGAGCAAAAUCGACGAAAUUCCAUCGCCAGAGGACAACUACCGGAGCGUAGAGAGUGCAGGGAAGCAGAACGCAUGUGCGGCAUCGGCUGGCAGCUCUUCUUCCGGCAGUCUGAAACAGCCUCGGUCGUGGAUCGAUUCCAGUAGUGCUGCCUCUCGCAGUGUAGAUUUUGUUGACGUUGAACGUGAUUUCAACGGAAAGGACCAAGUUGGCAGCACGUCCUGUACCCGAACGGGAGCCGAAAGGGUCCUCCGCGAAAGAAUCGAUGAACAGCCAGAAUCCAGUCGUAGUCCACAGCCACUGGUCAAACAAGUAGAAAAUGUUGUAACAGCAGGAACGCGUACCUCUGCUCACGGACAGCUGGAAUUUGGACAGGAAAACCAGCUCAUUCGGGAUUCAUCGUGUGAAAAAUCGAUUCAAGUGCCGUCCACGGGUCGGAUUCCGUUCAAAUCUGGUGGCUCUACGCCCAAUUUCCGCGACCAGAACCAGGAGCAGGAAAAUUCCUACCACAAAAGUUCGGACAGUGAGAGUGAAAAUUAUUAUGGCACCUGCUCCCCACCUCUACUGGGGCCACCGUCAGCAUCGGCAGUCACGUCCCACGGUAUCGCGGAAGGUUCUUACGGAAGUCUGAACGUGGAAGUGACCCUCAACGCUCAUAUCAGUGUUCAUGGAUUAAGUGAUUUUAACUUUUUCAACGCUGCGACAGCAGCUGCUUCGCACAGUCCAGGAAGUCUCGUCGUCGCAGACGGAAAGAUUCUGAAGGAUUCUGCUACCAAUACCAGCAGGAAUAGUGGAAGGAACAACACCAGCAACGUUACCACAUCGAGUGCUGACAGUGGAAUUAUUAUUAUCGACGAUGACGUUGACGAUUGUGGUGUUAGUGCGGAAGAAGGUGAAAUCUGUGAACCAAUUCCAAUAGUCCUAGGAGCUGGUAGUUCCGAGUUCAGGAAAUCUGCUGGUCAGCAAAGUCGGGAUCAGGAUACCCAAACUUUGUCCCAUCUCGAAUCUUUUCGAUCUCCUUCUAGCCCUUACUCUGGCCCCAACAAAUCUACUAGCGAAAUUAGUGUACAAGUGUGUGAAAACGAAGAUUCCGACCUACGCCAUCUAGACGGCAGUGCCCCAACCGAUUCUGGCUUAAGUGAAACGGAAACAGAUGAACGAAAAGAUUACCCAUCGUUUUCGUCUAAAAGCAGUGGCUCAAACAAUUUCCCCCUUGAUAAGAGUGAGUGUUUUGAAGCUAGCAAUCGGCUAAAGCGUUUGGAGGAACGCUUCCGUGGAUUUGCCUACACUAAGAAAAUAUUACGUGAAUCAAACUCCUCCAGUGGAAUUGUACCUCCACAAAAUUUGUCAUCGUCGCUUAGUUCCUUGUCGACUUUGCUCGCAGAUUAUACCAAAGACAGCACCAAUACCAACUUGGCAGCUUCCGUGCUGCCUCUAACUUCGUCGACUUCUGCACUGCCAGCAUCAUCGACUCGACCCAACGACAACCCCCUACAGUCGCCCUGGAAAACAUCAUCACUCAGCUGUCUCCAGAAGGAUACUCUCGCUGAACACGACCAAAACUCCCACAGCUUCAAAUCAAAACGGAUAGCCCCCAUCCUACCCCCACUGUCCUCCUCACUUCUCUCCCUCUCGGCAUCCUCGCUCCUCUCGCUGUCCUGUAUCGAUCUCGAACGAAAACAACGACAACAGAAACAGCACCAGGACAUAGUCAACAAUAACAACACCAACACCAAAACCAACCAUAACAACAAUCAAGAUUCCAAUCAGCCAGAACAAAACCUAUUAGGAAUCCGUACCUCGCUCAAUCUAGAUCAUCCUACCCAGCAAGCCCUAUCAAAAGCUUCCUCACUCCCUUCCCUGCUACCUCAAUACCUUUUCCCAGCUCCCCUUACCCCAAAACAACCUCUCAUCCCCGAAGACGAAGACGCAAACAACAACGUCCAUAAAUCAUCGGAAUCAGAACCGGAACAUCCCUUCAAUCGCGCCACCCCCUCCGAAUCCAGUGUCGAAUCGGAAGAAAUCUCCCAAAUCUUCCCCGGUGGAAAACCGCGAGUGACCAACACCGAUCUUGAGCUCCCUUCAAACCCCCCAGUCUCCCAAACUCCCUCCGAAGACGAACUCCUAGACCCGGACCUCAGUGACAGUGCCACAGAAGAAGAAACCCUAGAAUUUCUCAACCUAGAAAAAAUCCUCGCCACCGAUCCGCACACCAACUGCGAGUUCGACACAAGGCACCUCGCUCACUACGAACCGACUGUCUACCAGAUCCGUUACUGCUACGAUGAACUCGAGGAGGAGCUAGAGUGCGAAACCGGAAGUGUCGGGGGCCUCCUCUUGGGACCCCCCAGCGAAACUACCCACGGCCUCCUAAUCUCAACCGACGAAAACCAUCCGACCGCGUGUGAUUGUGUGAUAGAAGCCGUUCCCAUCUACCGGACCGAACCGAUCGAUAUGCGCGAAACGGCCGGCACCCUGAGGGGACUCCUCAAAAAACCGAACCGACCACCCCCGCUCCGCAAAAACCGGGUCGUCUUCGACGAGACCCGAAAUGAGUUCUUCGAAGCGGACUACAUCAUCCUCAUCAGGGAGGAUUGCCCGUACGACGAGGAGGACGAGGAACCGUGCACCUGCGGGGAACACGAGCUGGUUCGAAUAUGUUGUGACGAAGGCUGCAACUGUGGAUAUCAGCAGUCGGCGGCCUCGGCGGCGACAACUGGCGGUGGUGGUAAUAGUGCAACAACUACCGCUGGAACGACGGCCGCCGCUGCCGGAGACGAUGGACGGACGCCACCGAGUCCCAAGUUUGCUCCGCCGAUAGAGUUUGUCGAUCAGGCCACGCUGAGUCCCCCGGAGGGCUACAAGGAUGGCAGUGGGCUGCUGGACAAUGCGCUCGGUGGGGCACUCGGUGGUCACGUCUUCGGUGCACAACACAUUCAGCAGCUCCAAGUUAUCCAGCGGCUGCAGCAGCAAAGGGCGGCCAUGUUGGCUGCUCGGGCUGCUGCCGGCCAGCAGGGACAACAAACGGGCAGCGCCAAUCAAACGACGACCUCCCAACAACAACAACAACAGCAAGGAGGACAACAGCAACUACAGCAGCUGCAGCAGCAACAGUCCCAGGAAACCGUUUGUACCGAAUGUGCCGAGUGUGCGGAAUGUGCCGCCAAGCAGUUGCAUGAUGAAGAAUGCGACUCACAAUGUUCGGACGACAUAUCGCCGAUGAUGGACGCCCCGCUUCCGCCUCACACCACCCUCCCGAUAACGCUGGUUCCGCUGCAGAAGUCCUCCCCAGAACGACGGAUCACCCAGAAGGAAAUCAUCGCCGGCGAGGAACGGCCCAAGUUUCUCACCAUCAAACAGGUCCAGGAUGGAUCGCAAGGUGAUGAUGAUAAGAGCAAUGCUGCCACACUGUCUUCAUCAAACAACGCCAACAAAUCCUCAAAAUCACAAUCCUCCAACAACAUUGGUGACAGCAAAGCUAAACAACAGCCUCCUCAACAGCAGCAUUACAUAGUUGAAACGAUCACGAUGACAACGGUAACAGAGCGGCGGAUUGUUCAGAAUAGUCAAACCGAUCCAACGAAGACGACGAUGACGAUGACUGGUGCUAAUUCGGCCCCUCUGGUGGCCAUCGUUCCCAAUCCUAUCCCCAAAUCAGGUAACGACCUUCAGCAGGGAUCGACGGCUGUUCCGCCUUCAGCAUUGCCAGGUUCCCUACAGCAACAGAAACAGCUUCAACAAUUCAAGCAGCAGGUCAGCUUAGACGGAAGCAGCCAAGGACAGCAGCAGCCUCUCUACGAACCCGGAGGCAAACAUAAACCUCUUAGUACAGCGCAAGCUAUAAGCGGGAUCCUCAAGGGUGGAAAGCUUUGGAAGAACGAACACCAGUUGUCUCCCUCGUCGCAACAACAACAGCAGCAGAUGCAGCAGCAGCAGCAGCAACAACAACAACAGCUACAACAAGCACAGCACCAGCAUCAGCAGCAACAUCAACAGCAGCAGCACAAUCAGCACGACGACCCCACCAAUGUGACCUCGGACGAAGAGACCAGUUCAAAGCGGUCGGUUCGCUUCACGGAGGAAACCAUCCGGGAGGCGUGCUGCGAUGGCGAGGUUCAAUCCGGUCUCGGAGAAGGUGAAAUGGGCACCGGCAAACCCAUCAACUACAUGUGCGAUACGCUCAAACGACACUCCUCAGGGCUGUUCCACAAUGCCUUGAGGCCAAACUCCGCAGUCCGGCAGCUUUUCCCGGCCACGGUCAUUCAGCCCCUGCUGACGACCAGUUGCCCGGUAGGAGCUCAGACAACUGUUACCACAACCGUUGCAGGUGGUCAUUCAUGUGGGGGUGGCGCUGUUCUAGUUCAGACGACCCCGGCCACCGUUGGAAACGGCCCGACGGCGCUUACUCAGGAAGCUCUCAAAGCGUUCGACGAUGCCAAGAAGGCCGGAAGUGGCCCCAGUUUGGUGCACCAACACAGUAUUACUAGCAAUAGCAGUGGCAAUAACAUUAAUCCUACUGGAGCUCCAGGCUCGGUCACCAAUGCUGGUGGAAGUCCUGGAGGAUCUUCAACCCUUGGUGGUGCCGGAGAAACUGACACCAUCCGGCGAACCAUCGAAAGGAACGCUCUUCGGAGAUCGCUCAUCAAGUAUGAACCAAAGAAAAAGAUCCCGGUACGGGACGUGACCUCCCUGGAGGAGCGCAUCCGGCAGUUAACUUGCGACAUCGAUGAGCCCAUUGACGAGGGGGCGGAUGGGGAGCUGGGUGAUAUGGAACGGCGGGACAGCCCAGCUGGAGAGGAGAAUCCGCAGCAACCGAAGUACAUUCCGGACAAGAGCUUUUCGCCGAGUUCCUCGGCUUCCAGCUCUUCGAGUGGUUCGAAUGGAUCGACCUACAAGAAAAUUACUGACCUAUUCCACAGGGAUCGGCGACAGGAGAAAAUCCCGGAGGCGGACGAGAACCCCAUCGUCAUCAUCCCGCAGGAUUGCCGCUGCCCGGCUGGUCCCGAUAUUGGAAUGGGUGUCCAGAUUCAAGGUGCCCACACGCAGAUCCACCAACCGCCGCAGCAACGGUCGAUCGACUCCCGGAGGCAGUUCCUGUCGACGCUGGCUCCGUUGACGGCUUGCGUUGCCGGCCAACGUGAUGACAUGUCCUACUACACCCUGGCACAACCGGGAGACCGGAACUCGCUGGGAAGCUCUCAGUGCACCGAGUACAGCUUGGGUGACAUCGAUGCAGCGCUGCAUGACGACGACGGCAAGAAGGUGGCUCCGGAUGUAAUUGCCGGAACGCCGGGUCAGGAGUCGGAUGAGUUGGCUGCGUUUGUUCAGCAGGAGGGAGCUAGGACGGAGCGGUUGAAGAAGCGUUAUAGCGCAGAAACAUCUACUUCAGCUCCAGCUUCUGGUGCCGGAUCCGACGAUGACGAGCACAACGAUUAUGGAUUCAACUCGAGGCCAACGGUGCGGGGCAUCAAGCCUAGGUUCGGAUCAACCAAUGAAAUAUUGCAACAGAUGCAGGCUCAACUGGCAGCUCCAUCACCACCUCAGCAAUCGAAAUCCACAACCACCACUACCCCAGCUCAACCGGUUCAGUCGAAUACGUUGCCAAGGCCACACACAGCGAACAGUCUUCAGCUGGCGGCGGCCAAGCAGCAGAUUACGACCCACCAGCAUACGGCAUCCUGGAGUUACUACCCGGGAGAAAAUGCUCAAACGAAGGCCGUAGCAGCCGUUGCCAUCGAUCCUCACGGAAACUACUACCACAUACCGGCUCAGGCCCGCCAUAGCUACCAUGGGCAGGAAGCAAUCUACCAGAACUGUGCCCAGCUUCCGGCCGGAAGCAUCCAGGCCAACACGGUACAGAUUCAGUCGCAGCAGAUCCACACACAGCACCACGCGGUUCAUCACAUACACCAGGCAACGACGGCUGCAGCGGCUGCGGCCUACGGAAAGUUCGCCCGUAGUCCAACGAGACGACCGGAGUCGCCACCUCCGCUGCGGAACUACCACCAGACGAUGGUCCUAAUUCCGUACAAUGCGGAAACCUACCAGCAAUAUUCGGCCCAGGAGCAGGAAAACUACCGACGGCAGCACAAUAUCGUUGAGUAUCAACAGGUAACGCAACAGACGAUCCGGGUGCCGGUGGGCUAUCCUCUUCCUGGAAUGCAGCUGCACGUGGUAGCCGGUCGAGGAACUCUUCCACCGCACUACUCAACCCUGCCACGGUUAGGUUCCACCUCGAGCGCCAAUGCGGCCACGACUACUCAAUCUGCCAAUCCCCAUGGAAAACCUCCUGCCUACACCCAAUAUCCCUCGUCGGAUAAGGGAGGAGGCGGCGGCCCCGGGGUGAAAUUUACCGAACGAGGAGCUCCGGAAGGUGCGGCCAGUGUUCAACCGAACGAUGCUGCCGGUCAGCUGCUGUCACCGACCUCCCAGGGCCAUGGACCUCCAACGGCUUCGUCUGGUUCCUCUUCCUCUUCCGUUGGCGGUGGAGGACCUCCUUCAUCUCAAUCAUCCGUAGCGCCUGGAGGAAACGUCCAGGGUGCUGCCCAGAAUGCCACCGGAGCCGUCCCGGGAGCUGGCCAGGGAGCCGUCUUCUACGCCAUGAACGUCUGACACGGUGACUAGAUAAAUGUCACGAUUAGAAUUGAGAAACCUGGAAUCCCCGAGAGCGGUGGUGGAUCCGGUGAAACUGAACAAGAAGAAGAGGAAGCCAUAUAGGUAAUCUGUUUCUGUUUCAAAGAAAAAAACUCGCACACACCGAGAAAUGUGGAAAAACCUGCUAACGAUACGCAACACAACGACUCGAUAAGUUUCCAGUCCCAAAUGGAGCAUCUUCUAGGGGACUGAAUCUAGGGGAAAUGCUCAACCUGUUACUGCUCUCGAAGUGUGCGUCUGUGUCAAGUGUGUGUGUUAAUUUUGUAAAAUUAUAUUUAUAAACAUACACAACGGGUAGAAGAGCACGCAAAAACUUGUAAAGUCAACCCAUAAGAUCAGAAUACCAAAAAAAAAACAAAACAAAAGUUUAAGGAAUCGAUUGCUUUCCAUGUACAUAGCGUUAAGAUAUAAUAUAUUAGCUCAGCAACUGAAAAGCUCACCCAAUGCUCCAAAGAUUGUUUUCACUAGAAUCUAUCAACGCAACCAAAAAAUGAUCGGGAAAAAAUAAGCUCGAAUUGUUGUCUUCAGAAAGAAUUUUUGGUAUAGUGUUUCUCGCGCUCUCUAUCUAUAGUUUAUCGAAAUCCAACCUAUUGGAAUAUUGAAACAUUUGAAUCCUGAAAAAAAAACAGUCCUAAGGUUUGAUUCCAAUUUCAGUUUCAUUUUUAUCCAUUUUACAUAUUUUUUUUUGUUAUUUUAGGAUUACCAAAUUUUUAGCAAGAAGAUUUAUUUCAGAAUUAGAUAGGUUAUUAAUGAAUAUAUUUCAUGAUUUCGACGAGUCUUUCGCGAUCGUACUCUGGUAGCCAUGUUUAUUUUUUAAAUUAAUUCACAAUUGAUAAAAUCUGUCGACUGUCAGGCUUGUAAUUAAGAUCAAAGCACAGGUUGCUCGUAAUGCGUUAAAGCCAUUUCCAUACCAGAAUUUACUUUUUUUCACAAUGAAAUAGUAGGCUUGAUGCUCGACAAUAUUUAAAAACAAAAGACUUGCAAGUUUCUUCAAUGCACGAGGUUCAAUAGAGGCAAAUUUACUUUGACCUUUUUUUAUCUUUUCAAACUUAAAGCGUUCAAAUUCUUCUAAUGAAAUAGGUAUUCAAUUUAUGCGGAAUGCGGGAAAACAAUAUUGCCUUAAUUAAUUUUAAAAUUUCAAUAAAUGGAUUGUUCUACAUUAUGUGAUGUGUUUGGUAAUCCCACUUUCAGUCAAAUUAAAAAAAAAUACACGUUGUCCCUUUGUUUCUGUUAUCAUUUGAGCUGGUUGACCCAAAGUGUAGGGUAAUCGAAAACAUUUACAUCAAAAGCUAACAAGUAUAUAGCGUAGCACGAUAGUAGGAACAAUAAAAUUAAAAACAACAAGAUACACCAAAAGAGUUUACGGUAUCAAAUAAAGAGAAGCAGAAAACAAACAACUAGCUAGAUUGGAUCGUAAUUAAAAUAGUAACUUACAUGAAGUGAAUUGAAAAAAAAAACCAUUUAUAGCUGUAACAAAAUCACUGCAAAGUAAAUUUAUACUAAACGAAAGAAAAAAACAUACACUUAGCUAACUAUUGGGAAAAUUACUUGAAAUUCCAUCAAUCAGCUCAAAAUCAUCUGUAAAUAACAAAACAACGUUUGGCAGGCAAAAAUUUUCAUAACUCAAAAAUUACUCUGGCAACACUGAAACAAACGAGGAAAAAAAACCAAACAAACAAAAGCUGCAACAAUAAAUAGAAGCUCAAUAGACGAUUAAACAAACAAUGAAAAAAAACACACACAAAUACAUUGAUCAACCGAAGGAACAAAACAAUCAAAAACAUUUUCGGCCUCAAAACUAAAUAACAACAGUAAAAAGAAGAGAAAACAACUGAAAACAAUAGAUUAAAACCAUAAACACGAUCUCUUAUUCGUAGCAUUCUUCAUUCAAUCAGUAACAAAAAAACAGGAUACAUCAUUACAUCACUUAACAGUGCCAAAGGAAGAAAAAUCAUCACAGAUUUUGUGACGUUAUUUUAGUAUUUUAGUUCAGAUCCGGGUUUAAAAAUUUAAAUUCUGUCUGAUAAAGAGUUUUUAAAUAAAAUUCUGGCUCUGAGGUCAAAACCUGAAUUUUAGUUAUGGUUCUGCAUUCUAAAUAUUUUUCCAGAAUUAUCUUUUAUUCAAAUUUUUCUAACUUAUUCGUUUUAUUUUUUGUAUUCACAUUUGGAAUUUUUUUUUCAGGCGGUUGUUUCGAUUGUGAAACUUUUUUCAUCUGUAAAUAUUUUUGUAAACGUUUAAGUUUUUAACCAAAUGAUUUGUAAAUAAGUUUUAAUCUUUGUUUUUUACCAAAGAGUUCUUCCAAAACAUAUGUUUAACCUUCGUUUUAGCUUUAAUUUUAGUGAAAUGUUUCUCGAUUGUUCGAAUUUUAAAGUUUCAGAAACAAAAAUUUAAUGUUAAUUUAAAACAUUUGUUUUUUUAAAAUGAUUUUUUUAUAUUUGGAAAUCAUCAAAGCAUAGGAAUUAAACUACAGAUAGUUACAACAUUUGUACAUCGCACAAUUGAUAUAACCUAACAAAGAUCACGAAAAAAGAGAAAUACAAAGUGUGUGUGUGCGUAUGCUUUGCUAAUGUUCUAAGCACAGAUUCUAGAAACUAGAUCUAGAGCUAGCAAGAAUACAAAUAUAACAAACAGCACACAAGAAACGAAGCUAUAAGAACCAAUUGCGAAUACCAAAACAACAACAAACGCAUAUGUAAGAUAAGUUAAAAUGUAAACAAACACAUUCAAAGUCAUUCAAUUCAUACACAUACAUUCAAAGAGAAGUUUGAAAACACUCACACAUUCAAAAUACAUUAUGUAAAAGUUAAUUUCUAUUAACAAUUGCAAAUAAAAGUGUACUGUAGUUAUUGUAGAGCCGAGAGGUUUAAAAAGAGAAAUAUGAAACUAAAGAUAGAUUUACUAGAUACCAGAAAAGUUCUUGAAUAAGAAUUAAAAGCAAAAAGCUCACUGAAAUAAAGAAAGAAAAAAAAACAGAUAGCCUAGCCGAAAGUUGCAAAUACUGUAAGCAAAACUAAAUCUAGGGAACGCAAAACAACAACAAAACAUACAAAACAAGUAAACUACACAACAUACAGUUUAUGUACGUUUAGAGUAGCACGCAAAAUUAUUGAUUAAGAUACGAAAACAAAACAAGCAGAGUGAAAAAGUGAAAAUAAACAACACUUCAUUGUACCAAACACAAAUAGAGAACACAGAAAAUGCUAAUCUCUCACAAUUUUGAUGCAACAAAAACAAAACAAAAUCAACUUUGUUGACAGGUGUAACUGGGAAAAUCAUUCAACAAACAAUAGUUUCAAAAAGGAGUAAAAACACUAGACAGCAAAUAUACUCAAAAAACAAAAUUUGAAUUAUAACGAUAUUUAUUGUAAUGGAACGAAGUUAAAAAUGAAAUGGAAGAAAGAGAAGGAAAAUUUAGGAAAAGUGCAGUAUUGAAUUAAUCUCAGUGUAUCAUCAAAAGAACACACUGAAAAAAAAAAGUUGCGUUAGACAAAGAGUUAAAACCAAAACUAAAAUCUCAUUGUUAUUUUGGAAUGUUGACCCACUAAGCGGAAUUUCUAAAGUUCUCGUGUCGAAAAGUUUAAUGAAAUGGUAAUUCUCUUGAUAGUGAAAGAAAAAACAUUUAAUCGUUACACUAUCAUCUAACUUCAGUCAGUCAGUCAGUCAGUCAUUCACUGUUGCUGCAAGAAAAAAAAAACAGUCUAGUGAAUCGAGUUCGCAACCCAAAAAACUCUAAGUGUGGGAGACAAAAAAAAAUCUACAAAAUUAUGAAAGUCGAAGGAAUAUUGAGUACUUCUUGAUAGAUGAUGAUAAUGAUGACUAGCGAAUGGAUAGCAUAUUUGAACUUAACAAAAACAAAAGUGAGUAAGAAA